CUAUUUGAGGAUUAAAUAAAGUGAUUGCUGUAAAUGUGCCAGCCCUGCCCCUGGCCAUCCACUAUGAUUCUUUGCCCAGAAUCUGGUGUUGACCUAUCUUAAUGGUAUUUUUUUACCUUUUGUCAUAGUAACCACCUUUCACCAUGAAUCGGAAGAAAGUGGAUAACCGGAUCCGGAUUCUCAUAGAGAAUGGGGUGGCAGAGCGCCAGAGGUCACUGUUUGUUGUGGUUGGAGAUCGAGGAAAGGAUCAGGUGGUUAUUCUCCAUCACAUGUUGUCCAAAGCAGCUGUGAAGGCUCGGCCUUCAGUUCUCUGGUGUUAUAAGAAAGAGCUGGGAUUUAGCAGUCACCGGAAGAAAAGAAUGCGACAGCUGCAGAAAAAAAUUAAGAAUGGGACAUUGAACAUAAAGCAGGACGAUCCCUUUGAGCUCUUCGUAGCAGCCACUAACAUUCGCUACUGCUAUUACAACGAGACGCACAAGAUCCUGGGCAACACCUUUGGCAUGUGUGUCCUCCAGGAUUUUGAAGCCUUAACUCCGAACUUGCUGGCCAGGACUGUGGAAACAGUAGAAGGUGGUGGGCUGGUGGUCAUCCUCCUUCGGACCAUGAACUCACUCAAGCAGUUGUACACCAUGACCAUGGACGUGCAUUCCCGAUACAGGACUGAGGCCCAUCAGGACGUCGUGGGGAGAUUUAAUGAGAGAUUCAUCCUCUCUCUGGCCUCUUGUAAGAAGUGUCUCGUCAUCGAUGACCAGCUCAGCAUCCUGCCCAUUUCUUCCCAUGCUGCCAGCAUUGAGGCUCUCCCUCCCAAGAGUCAAGACGACAACCUUGGCCCUGCAGAUCUGGAGCUGAAGGAACUGAAGGAGAGCCUGCAGGACACGCAGCCUGUGGGCGUCUUGGUGGACUGCUGCAGGACCCUGGACCAGGCCAAGGCUGUCUUGAAAUUCAUUGAGGGCAUCUCAGAGAAGACGCUGCGGAGUACAGUCGCGCUCACAGCGGCCCGUGGGAGGGGCAAAUCUGCAGCCCUCGGGUUGGCCAUUGCUGGGGCAGUGGCUUUUGGGUACUCCAAUAUCUUUGUUACCUCCCCCAGCCCCGAUAACCUUCACACGCUGUUUGAAUUUGUGUUUAAAGGAUUUGAUGCUCUGCAGUAUCAGGAACAUCUGGACUAUGAAAUAAUUCAGUCUCUUAAUCCUGAAUUUAACAAAGCUGUGAUCAGAGUGAAUGUAUUCCGAGAACACAGGCAGACUAUUCAGUAUAUCCAUCCCGCAGACGCCGUGAAGCUGGGCCAGGCCGAGCUUGUUGUGAUUGAUGAAGCUGCCGCCAUUCCCCUCCCAUUGGUGAAAAGCCUGCUGGGGCCUUACCUUGUUUUCAUGGCCUCCACCAUCAAUGGCUAUGAGGGCACCGGUCGCUCUCUGUCCCUCAAGCUGAUCCAGCAGCUUCGCCAACAGAGUGCCCAGAGCCAGAUCAGCACCACUGCAGAGAACAAGACCACCACCACAGCUAGGCUGGCCUCAGCGCGGACGCUGCAUGAGGUCUCCCUGCAGGAGUCGAUCCGAUAUGCCCCUGGGGACACCGUGGAGAAGUGGCUCAAUGACCUGCUGUGCCUGGACUGCCUCAACAUUACGCGGAUUGUGUCGGGCUGCCCCUUGCCAGAAGCUUGUGAACUCUACUAUGUUAACAGAGACACCCUCUUUUGCUACCAUAAGGCCUCCGAAGUUUUCCUACAGCGACUGAUGGCCCUCUACGUGGCUUCUCAUUACAAGAACUCUCCCAAUGAUCUCCAGAUGCUUUCUGACGCGCCUGCUCACCAUCUUUUUUGCCUUCUGCCUCCUGUGCCCCCCACCCAGAAUUCCCUUCCCGAGGUGCUGGCUGUGGUGCAGGUGUGCCUCGAAGGGGAGAUUUCUCGCCAGUCUAUCCUGAACAGCCUGUCUCGAGGCAAGAAGGCAUCAGGGGAUCUGAUUCCGUGGACAGUGUCAGAGCAGUUCCAAGAUCCCGACUUCGGCGGCCUUUCCGGGGGAAGGGUGGUUCGCAUUGCUGUUCACCCGGAUUAUCAAGGGAUGGGCUAUGGCAGCCGAGCCCUUCAGCUCCUGCAGAUGUACUAUGAGGGCCGGUUCCCCUGUCUGGAGGAGAAGGUCCUUGAGACGUCACAGGAAAUCCAUACUGUCAGCCAAGAGGCCGUCAGCUUGCUGGAAGAAGUUGUCACACCUCGGAAGGACCUGCCUCCCUUGCUCCUUAAAAUGAACGAGAGACCUGCAGAGCACUUAGACUACUUGGGCGUGUCCUAUGGCAUGACACCCAGGCUCCUCAAGUUCUGGAAACGAGCAGGGUUCGUCCCCGUGUAUUUGAGACAGACUCCGAAUGACCUGACUGGGGAGCACUCGUGCAUCAUGCUGAAGACCCUGAGCGAAGAGGAUGCGGCCGACCAGGGCUCCUGGCUCAAGGCCUUUUGGAAAGAUUUCCGGAGGCGCUUCCUGGCUUUGCUGUCCUACCAGUUCAGCACCUUCUCUCCUUCCCUGGCUCUGAACAUCAUUCAGAACAGGAACAUCAGGGCGCUGGCCCAGCCGGUGCUGCGCCGGGACGAGCUGGAGGCCCUCUUCCUCCCCUACGACCUAAAGAGGCUGGAGAUGUACUCGAGGAACAUGGUCGACUACCACCUCAUCAUGGACCUGGUCCCCUCCAUCUCUCGCAUGUACUUCCUCAACCAACUAGGGGACCUGGCCUUGUCCGCUGCCCAGUCAGCUCUUCUUUUGGGACUUGGCUUGCAACAUAAAUCAGUGGACCAGCUAGAAAAAGAGAUCGAGCUGCCCUCAGGCCAGCUGAUGGGACUUUUCAACCGGAUCAUCCGCAAAGUCGUGAAGCUGUUUAAUGAGGUACAAGAAAAGGCUAUUGAGGCACAGAUGGCGGCAGUGAAGGACGUGGUCAUGGAGCCCACCAUAAAGAACCUGAGUGACGACCUGGAUGAAGCAGCCAAGGAAUUCCAGGAGAAACACAAGCUAGAAGUGGGAAAGCUGAAGGCUCUGGACCUCUCUGAGUAUGUAAUUCGUGGGGACGACGAAGAGUGGAAUGAAGUUUUAAACAAAGCUGGGCAGAAUGCUUCCAUCGUCAGUCUCAAAAGUGAUAAGAAAAGGAAGUCGGAAGCCAAAACUGAACCCAAAGAGAACAAAAAGCUGAAGAAAAACAGAGACGCAAGGAACAAAAAAGAUCUGAAACAGAAGCGGAAGAAAUAGUGGCACUUGGGCCUUGGCAGCUGGCUUUUUAAGGAGCUCGUGACCUGCAACUUCUGGCUGAGCUGGGCAGAGGCCUGGACUGUUCAAACCAGCACUGGCAUCGUCAGACUCAGCAGACAUGGCCUGCAGGCCAACGCUUGGCUUCAGUCUGUUUCGGAAUCGAGAGCUGGGCUGACUGCUGGCCCUGCUGAGGGUCUGUCUCCUCCUCCAGCCCAGAGACUUGGAGUGUCUUUCACACACCAGCUCUUGUUUCUUCUCAGGUCUUCACUCCCCGACUUUCGGGCAAUUCUCAUGUUCCUGUCCAUGCAUGAUGCCUGGAGGUGGCACCCACCGCUGUGCCCAAUCCACUCCUGCCUCCUUGAGGUUUUGCUGCUCAUGGACACAGAAAACCUGUAUCAGGAACUAGGCAGGAGCUGAUGGGACUCGCCCAGGCAUAUCAGCUCAUCCAAAUUUGGAACCAAAUGAUGGGAAAGACCAAUCUGUUGGCUCGGAUAAAGAGGGCUAGAGACUAUUUUUAAUAAAUAACCUCCUAGAAAGUCAA